AUGAAGAACCAAUCCUCAUCAAAAUCAGCCAAGUCCAAAGCGCCAAAGGUCAUCAUGAAUGGAGUAACAUACCUCACCAAGCAAGUUGAAACUUCUAUAGCCUUAUUGGAUAGCUCCGAAGACUCUGUAGUCCUAGAUGCUUUGGUAUAUUUGUCGCUAUACGCCGACAUUCACGAGAACAAUUUGAUUUAUAUCCAGGAACACGGCUUGUUGCAAAAGUUACUGAAUCUCCUUCACAGAAACGCGAACAUUUUAAGAGUAACUUUAAAAUUCCUAGGAAUGCUAUUAGGAAUUGAAGAAGUAAUGUUGGAAUUAAACCAGAAUACGUAUGACGAAAAAAUUAUAGAACUAUCGAAAGUAUUUAUCUCGCAUCACGACUCUUAUGUCAAAGAAUGUUGCGUGUCGAUGUUGGCGAAACUAGCAGCUUCCAGCAGGAUCGUUACCCUUAUAUUCAAUCUAGACUUAUUUGCGCCCAUACUGCAUAUCAUCGAAAAAACCGUAGAUAUGGAUUUACUCGAACAUACUUUAGAACUACUUUUAAGACUUGUUGGUGCUUUAGCUGCUGUAGUGCUACCAGAGUCAUUCGACUUUAACGUUUCUGUUUUAGUCGGGCUUUUAAAUAACGAAAAAAAGAAAAUUGCUCACUUAUCUUUCCAAGUAAUUCAGAAACUAACGUUCUACUGCUUGGAUAUGAUUCAACGGUUAUUUAGGAGAGUCAAACUAAUCGAAAUCAUGCUAGACAUUGUCACGGACGGGAACAAACAAGAAUAUCACGAUAUAGCGUUCGAUAUAAUAUUUAACAGUAUGAAAUCUAAAGAAACUUCGGACUAUUUCGUAGAGACCAUGGAGUUUUUAAAAUUCUGCCAGUGGGUCAAGACUUGUCCGGACAAAUAUGUUUUGCCCUGCAUCCUCGUACUUGAAAAAUUAACCAGAAUUCCUUCCAGAAGGCAACUUAUUUUCGACUUUUCCGUGGAAGAAUCGAUUAUAAGUUUUUUGAAGUAUAAGGACGAAAGAGUCCUUAACAAGACUUGCGAAGCUAUAUCAAACAUGGCGACACAUACGUACUGCUGCGAGGAAAUGCUCAAACCUGCCCUAUUAAAGAAACUCUUCGACAUUCUCGCCAAGAGAGAUGAGGAGGAUACUGGGAACGAAGUGGCACUGAAAACAGUUUUAGAUUUCAACAGAUUAAAUUUAAACACCUUGGAUAUGAUUCAUAAAACAGCAGGUCAUAAAGUGCUGCUUCGAUAUUUCCAGAAAGGCAUCGGUUACAUAUCAGAAGAAAGCUUCUUGGGGAUACUCGAUAUAUUAUACAAAAUGUCGUUAUGUCCUCAAUUCCAAGAAGACUUGGUUACUUCAAGUUUUUUCGAGAAACUAUUGAACCUUUUCCGUACAGCAUCCGCGAGCGCUGCCAUUUCCGCAUGUGAAAUACUGAUCAAUUUUGUGCAUACUCCAGAAAUGAGGUGUGUUUUUCUCUUACUAGAUGGCCCAGGUAUUUUCAUGGAGAAGGUACGCAACCCCAAGGACAUCAAGUUAAUGAAAACCGUUUUGUUAUUCAUCCACAGCAGUCUAGUACACGAUGACGUGGUAGAAGCUUUCCUUCGAAGUAAACUGAUCGAAGUUUUGAAAGGCCUUCCGGCACAUUUAAAAGAAAAAAUGCCGCUUGCAACCAAAAUUUUACUUCUAAUCUACAAACGUCACCUCCCUUUGAAAUUCUUCGAAACCCACAGAUUAGACAUUACCGACAAAAUACAGAACAUGUUCUAUUUGAUCAACGGACAGUGGCAGGCUCCCUUUCCGCUUUUCAAAGACUUGGAGGUGUCUUCAAUUUCUACAGCCUAUGUAAUAUACGUUGUGGACUGUUCCUACGAUUUAAAGUACGAGUAUGAAUAUUCGGGGUCUGGAAGUAUAUCGCCCGGAAAGAUUUCUUCAGAACGAACCGUAUCGACGCUAUCGAGAGUUUCUUCCAGCCUUUCCAGUUACUUCCGACGCGGUCCUUUCCACUUAAACUACGGACAACUAUCCCCAGACCCCUUCCUGCCAACGUAUAUCUGCCACGUCUCCAAAUACCUCAUACAAGCCUCCACUACACGCGACAAAGUGAAGAUCCUAGCCAAGUACAUCGAGGCUAUGCUGUGCGAGCCUGUAGAGGGAUACAUCAAAUUGGAGAAGGUACAUCAUCUAAAACUUCACGUGGAAAUCCUCAAACAUAAGUUAGGCAGCAACAUGAUACCCAUCGGUUAUUUAAGGUUGGGCGGCCUAUGUGAAAGAGCUCUCAUUUUCAAAACUAUUGCCGAUAAAUGCUGCAUCCCGGCCUCUCUAGUCAAAGGUACUGAAUCCUUUUACUGGAACGAAGUUCUUUUAUUCGAUUCUCCACCCAACAACGGUAAACUCAAGCUAUACGUGGUGGACUUGAUAAAUAACAUUGGCGACUUGCUAGUCGUGGGAUCUAGAGCAGCUAAUCAGUAUUGCAAUAAACCAGCUUGGAAUGGCUAG